AGCUUUAGGGCUCGAUUAAAGCGCCCGUUUCUUAUCCACUUGGACACGCCCGAGGCAGGCCGCGGCGAGCACCUGACCUUUGCACCAUGUCCGACGAGGAGAACGAGGAGAUCAGUGACCUGUCCAACCCCGACGUGACGACCAAAUACCGAGCAGCUGGAGACAUCGUGAACAAGGCGCUGCAGAAGGUGCUGGAGGCUUGCGUUCCCGACGCCGACAUUGUGAUGCUCUGUGAGAUGGGGGACAAGAUCAUGGAGGAAGAGACAGGGAAGCUCUACAACAAGAAGGACAAGGAGGGCAAAAAGAUGGAGAAGGGUGUGGCCUUUCCUACCUGCGUCUCGGUGAACGACAUCGUGGGCCACUUCUCUCCGCUGCGCGGCGAGUCGAGGCCGCUGAAAGCUGGGGACAUUGCCAAGAUCGACUUGGCCUGCCAUAUUGACGGCUUCAUCGCCGCAGCGGCCCACACCAUCAUCGUGGGUGGCGAGAAGGUUGAGGAUAGAAAGGCCGAUGUCAUCAUGGCUGCCUGGAACGCGGCGGAGGCCGCCCUCCGGCUGAUCCAAGUUGGCAACACGAACACCCAGGUUACCGAAGCCUUCGGGAAGAUCGCCGAAGACUUCAAGGUGAAGCCUAUGCAAGGCGUGCUUUCCCACCAGCUGAAGAAGCACGUCAUCGACGGCAACCGCACCAUCAUUUGUGCGGAGACGCCGGAGGAGAAGGUGGAGGAGUUUGAAUUUGAGCUCAACGAGGUCUACAGCGUCGACAUCGUGAUGUCCACCGGCGAAGGCAAAGGCAAGGAGACUGAUAUCCGAAAUACGGUCUACAAGAGAGCUGUGGAGACCAUGUAUAGCCUGAAGACUCAGAAAGCCAGACAAUUCAUCUCAGAGGUGCAGAAGCGCUUCCCGGUGCUGCCCUUCUCUCUGCGGGCCAUCGAGGACGAGCAGGUGGCGCGUGUGGGGGUGUCCGAGGCCAAGCGCCACGAGCUCCUAGACGAGUAUCCUGUCUUGAAGGAGGCCAACAGUGAGACUGUAGCGCAAUUCAAGUUCACCCUGCUGUUGCUUCCGGGCGGCACCAAGAAGAUCACGGGCCUGGCCCUGGGCAGCCUGCAGGAGCAGGCCGCUUCCACGCUGUCCGUGGUGGACGAAGACAUGAAGAAAUUGUUAGCCACCUCGGCAAACCCCAAGAAGGCCAAGAAGAAGAACAAGGGUGACAAGGGCGCCGAAGGGGAAAAGGCGUAAAGUGCCGUCCGCCCCUGCAGUGGGCGCUACAAACUGAAAACACUCCA